UUCAGCAGGUUAAAUACGAGCAAGUGACACUGAGCAAAAUUUGAAAUUCCUCGUGACGAAGAGAAUAUAGAAUUUUAAGAGCACAUUAAGAACCCUUAGCUGAGCCUCGUGCUUUUGAAUGUAAAUACUUUAUACUUUUUGGAUACCAAAAGGAAAACAGAGGGUACUUCAGGAUUUCUGCAAUCCAGCUUAUUAAAAAAGAAAGAAAAAAAAGAAUUAAAAGUGAAAACUUUGUCACUUUUCAGGGAUAACGUAAAAGUGACUUUUGAAAGGCAUUAAUAGAUUUUUGUUUACUUGCAUUUUUGAAAUCCUUGUGCAAGACUUGAAUUUUACAAGUACUUGUUUGCUAGUUGUUUUGUACAUUGACGCUAGGCUUGUGAUAUAUUUAUUCAUAUAAAUAUAAUUUUCUCCUAUUUUGGGAGAGCUUAUUAUUAAUAAUUGUUAUACGCCAGACACUCUUCUUUUUAAGAGGUCUGUACGUACCGGAAACUGUUUACACAAAAGCGCAUUGAGCUUAACAGUAAAACAGUUGAACAAAUAGCUCAAAAGUAGCACAAAAAACCCACACAUAAAGAUAAAUUUGAUUGAAACCGUUGAGGAAAACAUCUGACAAUGGCUACAGCGAGAACAGAGAUCCCUGCUUCAGUCAUGCAACUGACCAAACAGAAUGGACAGUCCAAGCCUAUGACCCUUCAGUCAGGAUCGCUUACUUCCUCAACACAGUCAGGAAAAAUACCUGUGAUGCUCCAGAAAGGAAGCAGUAUACCCCGAAGCAGCGGCGGUAUCAGGUUUGGAGAUGACUGGAAGAAGUGCCUGCAACUUCCACCGAAAGACAUGAGAGUGCGAACCACAGAUGUGACUGCAACAAAGGGGAACGAGUUUGAAGAUUACUGCCUUAAGAGGGAACUGCUGAUGGGUAUAUUCGAAAUGGGCUGGGAGAAGCCUUCCCCUAUCCAGGAGGAGAGUAUUCCCAUUGUCUUGUCAGGGAGGGACAUUCUCGCUCGAGCUAAAAAUGGCACAGGUAAAAGUGGAGCCUACCUCAUCCCCCUCUUGGAAAGGAUUGAUCUGAAGAAGGACCAUGUUCAAGCCUUGGUAAUGGUACCAACUCGUGAGUUGGCUUUGCAGGUGAGCCAGAUAAGUAUCAACAUGAGCAAGCACCUUGGUGGCGUCAAGGUUAUGGCUACAACUGGUGGCACCAACCUGAGGGAUGACAUCAUGCGUCUUGAUGAGACUGUACAUGUUAUAAUAGCUACCCCAGGAAGAAUCCUUGACUUGAUAAAGAAAGGUGUAGCCAAGGUUGACAAAGCUCAGAUGGUUGUGAUGGAUGAGGCUGAUAAGUUGCUUUCUCAAGACUUCGUGGUGCUUAUUGAAGACAUCAUCAGCUUCCUGCCCAAAAAUCGUCAGAUUCUUCUCUAUUCUGCCACUUUCCCCACCAGUGUGCAGAAAUUUAUGUCCAAACACCUUCAGAAGCCAUAUGAAAUCAAUCUGAUGGAUGAGCUGACACUGAAAGGCAUCACUCAGUACUAUGCCUAUGUGACAGAAAGACAGAAAGUGCACUGUCUCAACACACUGUUCUCAAGGCUCCAAAUCAACCAGUCUAUCAUCUUCUGUAACUCCACUCAAAGGGUGGAACUCCUUGCCAAGAAGAUCACACAGCUUGGCUAUUCUUGCUUUUACAUCCAUGCCAAGAUGAUGCAGGAAUACAGAAAUCGUGUGUUCCAUGACUUCAGAAACGGACUGUGUAGAAACCUGGUCUGCACAGAUCUUUUCACAAGAGGAAUUGACAUCCAGGCUGUCAAUGUAGUCAUCAACUUUGACUUCCCCAAAAAUGCAGAGACGUACUUGCACCGUAUUGGUCGAUCAGGUAGGUACGGUCACCUGGGUCUGGCCAUUAACCUGAUCACCUCAGAAGACCGUUUCAAUCUAAAGGGCAUUGAGGACCAGCUGAUGACUGACAUAAAGCCCAUACCCAGCAGCAUUGAUAAGAGCCUGUAUGUGGCAGAGUUUCACUCCCUGAACCCUGAUGAGGAGGAGGCUGCUCACAAAGCAGGCGAGCUUAAUUAACCCUUACUGGAGAAUAAAGGGACCAAUGCUUGGCAUUCUGCACAAUUUCUACUGAAGACAGACGCAAAGAUGACUUUCGUUUUUUGUUGUAGUUUAUUUUCUCACCAAAUGCUUCAGUGGUCUGGAACUGCCAUGGUAAAAUGUGAUCAGCUGCCACAAGUUUAGGGGGCACGUAUAAAGUCAUUAGGGUUGUUCUCUAUGGACUCACUAAGGCAGCUUACCCUUUUUCCAUUUGAAGCACAAUAAGCCACUGUUCUUUGGAUCCAGAGCAUUGGCAAAGACCAUUUACUAUCCAUAACUGCUGUUCAUAAGGAUUUUGCCCCCUCUUUUAUUUACCAGAACAAUAAAAAUAGAAAAUACUGGAAGGAGUUGGUGCCAAAAACAAAUUCCCAAGCUUUACUAGGAGUAUGUUUAGUGCUAUCUAUCCAUCGCCUAAUGUGAAAGGUUUUUGCGCAUUAUAUGAUGAGUUUUACUCGGAGCUUUACAGUUGAUCAGGGAAAACUAGGGAGGUUUAACACGUUCAUAAUGGUCUUCUGUUAGUUGUUUACAGCCUUGUGUGUGUAAAUAUCUUGAGAGAGGCUUGUGCUUUCAAAUGCAAACAGACUUUUUCUUUGGCUAACUUGUCUCAUCACCGUGUCCUCUUUCCCAAAAGCGUUUGAAAGCAUCCAUCACUUU